GAGAGAGAAAGAAAGAGAGAGGGGGUAAAAAGGAUUUAGACAAAGAUGUAAGCUGCUGUUCACCUCUUCUUACCCUCCUCCACCUCCUCCUUCAUGACACACACUCACAUGCCCGUAGCCUUGAGGCAGUAUAGUUAAGGAGGUAUGUAAGGUUUGUCAUUUGAAGGACCUUGAGAGAGAGAAAAGGAGGUGAGAGACGAGGAGGGGGCAGGGAAGGAGACGACAAUGUUGCAAAGGCUGGAGGAAAAAAAAAAAAGGUGUUUGGAGAUGCAGGUGUGUGUGUGAGAGGCAGCCAUAAAGCCACACACACACUUAAAGAUUAGUCUCGACAUUGAGAUGCAUUGCUGAGUCGAGGAGGGGCUGACAUAAAGCAGAGAGACAGCAAAGGUAUUAGCAGCUCAUAAAAAGGCACUUAGAGCUGCUGCAUACAUUCAUCCCGGCUCGCUGCUACCGAACACACACACACACACUUUCACACACUUUCACAGGGAAUUACAAAAAGAUGUUAGUGAAAAGGCGACUGUGGGAGAAUCUUGCAAAGUUAUAUAAACGGCAGAAAUAACCUCUGCGGUGAAAGAGGGAUGGUGGCACGUGUUGAGAGAAAGUGUGUCAGAGCCGAGGCGCUGUAUAAGGCUGCAAUUUCAGCAAGGAAGAAAAAAAAAAAAGUGUGCCAGUAUAAUCAGCUACGAAUCAUCUCAUUUCACAUUCUUCAACUCCGCCCACGAGAUACAAUCCUUCCAUUCUUGUAUUUUUACUCAUUCACUCCACCAGGAUGUUGGAGCGGGAUGCACACUCACUCUGGAAAAUAACUUAAUACCAAAAACUGGAGACGUUUAAAACCUCCUGAAAGAAAAUCCAGUUGGGAUUUCUCUCUCUUUGAUGCUUUUCUAAAAGGGUCAGACGCGCCGACAGAGGAAGAAAGUUGUGACAGAUUUAGAAAGCUGUAAAAAAAGAAAUCCACAGAGAGAGAGACAGACAGCUUUGCCCCGGAGGUUUCGGAGGAGGAAACAGGAGACAGAUAGAGGCAGCGAUAAUCUGAGGGAGAGACAGACGGAGAGAGAGGGAGGGAAGAGCACAGCUGUUGUGUGGACGAGUUGAAAAAAAUAUAGAUAAAGAAAGCCAGGAGGUGCACAAGUGUGAAGGGCAAGGAGAGAAGAGAGUGACGAGGACGACCAAGGCUGCAAAGAAAGACCGACACACAUGGGGAGAGACGCCGAGUGACAAGACAAAAGAGUCUGAGGGAUAAUUCAAGUUGAAGGUCGUAAGAGGAGAUAAAAAAGGAGACAAACAGAGAUUCUGACACCUGACUUCAAGUCAAACAGGGAGAAUGGAGGCGCAGCAAGACGAGAGGAAAGACUUCCUCUGAGGUGAAUGAGAGAAAAAAAAGGAGCCGUGUUUGACGCCGCGAAGAAGAAGAAGAGGAGACGAUUUCCUCAUCAUGUUUUAUUCAGCUGGUUUCCCAAAUUCAAACAACCUGCGCCGGAAGAGCAACUUCGUCCCAGGGUAGAAUGAAGAGAGGAGCAAAGAGAUACCUGCCGAGUCUGUGAUUCCCUCCUGCUCCUCCUUCUCCUCCUCCAGACUCCUCCACCUACCCUCUCCUCCUCCCUUUCUUUCACUUUACAUCCAGGUUUUAAAUUCACUGAACUUCCUCCUUCUCUUCUGUCCUGGCAUCUCCUCUCCUCUCCUCUCCUCUCCAUCUCCUCACUAUGUGGAUACCAGCUUUGCUCCUAUGGAUUCUUAAUAUCAGCAAUUUGUGCUCAGGACAAGACUAUACAGACUAUUACCAAACUGGAGACAUGGGCACCAAGGCUCCAGCGUUGUCAGAUGACCAGCCCGGUUUGGAGACGGUGACGAGCGUGGAUCAGCUACUACAGCUCCUGUACCCUGAAUACAGUUUGCUCCAGCACUGCCUGAGGAAGAAAUCGUGGCACGCCUCCUCCACCUCUUUUCCCACCUCCUCUGCGAGCCCUUUAGUCCACUCCAGCGACGACGACCUGUGGGGUCAGCCGAGGGAGGAGGCUAUUUUCAAAAUGGACGGGACUUUGGAAGUCAUCCUAGAGGAGAUGCAGCGGACUUCGUGCCAGCCCAGAGAGGUGUGCGUCGAGGUCGCCAAAGAAUACCCAGAAUCCACCAGUCAAUUCUACCUCCCUCGCUGCGUGGCGCUGCAUCGGUGCGGCGGAUGCUGCACCAGUGAGGCUCAUUACUGCACCAACACGAGCCACGCGCUCGUAAACAAGACGCUGAUCGAGCUCUCCCCACGCAGGACGGACCGCACAGUCGUCAUGGUGACCUUCGUCAACCACACUUCGUGCGAAUGCCUUUCCAAGCGGCCGCUCCACUCCAUCAUAAGACGAGCUGCAACAGAUCACCUGUGUUCCCCGCCCGAGCUUCCCUGUGCCGCAGGGUCAUUGUGGGAUCCGGUGAAUUGUGUCUGUGUCUCUACAGAAGCCUUAAACUACCCAGAGACUGAGGCGCUGGACUCAGGUCUGCUGGCUCUCUGCGGGCCCAACAGGGUUCUGGACGAGUCCACCUGCGACUGCGUGUGUCGAAACGGACUCACCGAGGACAGCUGCGAUCCAGGCUGGAAACUGGACCACAACAACUGUGAAUGCCAGUGUGAAGGUCAAGGUGAUGGGAAGCUGUGCCCCACCGGUCAGCGGUGGGAUGAGGAGCUGUGUGGCUGCGUUUGCGCUGCAGAGUGUCCCGGGAAUCAACCCCUCAACCCGGACACCUGCCUGUGUCAGUGCAGGGAGAGCCCGCAGUCGUGUCUGCGGCAGGGCAAGAAGUUCAACCCAAACACCUGCAGCUGUUACAGGUUGCCUUGCAGAAAGCCCAGACCUGUGUGCCAGACUGGAUUUUACUACAGCCCCCAGGUCUGCCAGUGCAUCCCCAACUACAUGAGGCCUCAGUGGAAUUAGCCGGUCAGGAGCAACUGUGCAGCUUUAUUGCCUUUCUUCACAGCAGGAAGGUGGAACUACUAAUUUAAAUGUAACGGACUACAAGCGGCACUUUUAUUAGUGCUCUGACACAAAGGACGGGAGUGCUUUCCCAGUGGAACACACUCAGAAAAGUGGAAUUAUCUCAGCCGAAGAGAGAAAAUAAGGAGAUAUUUGACUCUCUGGGGAUGUGUUGGCCCUUUACCCGACACUAAUAACACAAUCCUGACUGGAAGCGACCAAUCAGACACCUGAAAAAAACAACAACCCACAACAGCAGCAAAGGCGGGAUGGACCAAUCAAGACUCUGAAGCCAGCGUUCAUCCCUGCUGCCGCGACGUGUUUGAGCACGAUACUCAACCACCGAUCUGCUGCAGAGACGCCACUCAUGACUGCGAAAUGGAAAGUGGAAUAAAAUAAUGACAGACCAUGCUUUUUUUUUUAAAUAAGCUGUAGGCAACUUCUUCACACUUUGGCAGCCUUGAGUCGUGAGAUAUUUGAGAGGUUGAAGGAUUUAUUUAGCAGAAAUCGUGUAAUGUGAUGUUGCAGAGGCCUUAUGUUCCCCUCUGUUUGUGGAGGUGGAAAAGGUGACGGUGUUUAUCGGGGGUUACACAGAUUACUACGCCGAGAGGAGCGAAGUGAAGCUUUUGUCGCAGCUUAGUUUUGUUUGUUUUUUUAUCUCUUUAGCUGGUGCAGCUCGAGGUUUUAAUGUUCGAUUAAACAGCUAUUAUAUCCUCCAGUUUCAACUUGCCUCUACUGCAGUGCUGCUCUUUGAAGAUCUUCCUCAUAUAUAUAUAUAAAGGCUGAGUCCAAUCACAACUGAUUGAUGGUAACACUUGGGUACAUCUUCUAGUAAUUUAACUUUACACUAAGUAAUAUUAUUUGUAAAUAUUUAAAUCUUUGUCAUAUUUAAAACUGUUAUUUUAAAGAUCGUGUAGAUGUAAAAUACUUGUAUUUAAGUCACUAUCACAACUGAAUAUUGUUUUUGGAAUGAAACUAUUUACGUGUCUUUGUACUCUUCAUGGAGAAUUUUGAAUUAUUGUCUUACAUCUGUCCGUUUUUUUCCCAGCACUGCAAACGAUUCAUUUUAACAUUUCAUUUAGAUACAGUUUUAAAAGAUGAUUUUAAGGCUCAGAAAUACUAAAUGUCAGUACAAAGAUUUAUUGCUACAUAGAUAAAAAAAAUUCUUUCAUCAUGCUAUUAAAUAUUUAAAGUAGUUCUUAAGUAUUAAUUAAAAGCCUUGUCAGACUGA